GCUAAUAUCGAAGCAACUGUGCUCCACCAACAAUUGCUCAAGUCAGGUCCACGGCGCAUGUUAGCAGAUCCACGAGUCUCCGGAGAUGCCCGUGCGCUCAAGUCUCUAUACCAAUUACCAACGGUUGUCGAUAAAUUUCGACAAUCAUUAAAUUAAAUGCGAAAGGAGGAAUUCUAGGAGACCCACUCACUCAUUGAUUUCGGCAAAGCCUCGAAUGAGCUAUAGAAUGGUUACGAAUGGCAUGGCGGAUUUAACAUCUGAUAUCGCUGAUCCAGUCGUGCAAAAGUUCUUGCACAAAGGCCUCCCGAACACGCCUGAGGAUGACGGGGCGUUUCAGAAUGCCAUGAUGGUGUCGUCUGAAGUGGAUACGAGCUUAGCAUACUCUUCGGAGAAGUUAGCAAACUUGGAGAAUCUUCUACUGCGUCUCUUAGCUGCGGAAGUUGAUAUCGGUGAUGUCAAUUUCCGGGAUGAUAACAUCUCUGCUGAAUUCGUUGAAAAGGCUUUCACAUUUGAUCUGCUUUAUGCCAUACUGAAUUUUGAACUGAGAGGGCUUGACCAUGUAAUGGCUGGUCUUCAAGAUCUCACCGUUGACGCCCUUAAUAAGAUGUCUUCUAGCGAACAUUCAGCGGAAGUGGCAGGAAAAUUGCACGGUUCUGAGAAUGUACUAAAACGAUUCCAAGAUCGUGUUCUGCGGAUCAAGAUUCAAUUAGCUAAGUUGCAGUUGACAUCGUUCGUUUUCAACAAAAGCGAAUAUAAGCAUGACUGGGAUUUGGGUGUCAAGGAAGAACUUCAUCUUGCAACGGCCGAAUGGAAACCUCAAAUGCGGAUUGUUGAACAGAGACGUGUUCUCAGAAUGCUGGAAAUCUCUCUUGCGAGAGAGGUGGAGCUCGAAAAGAAGCUGAUGGAGGUCAGACAAAACGAAGAAGAUUUCAAAUCGAAGAUAUGCUUAAGAGAGCAAGUUGCUGUCGCGAUGGAGGAGGCAGCGGAGGCCGCUUGGGGCAGCUUCUUGGAGGCAGAUAACAGAGCUGAAGUGCUGAUGGGAAUUUCAAAAGAAAUGAUGUUGAAACUUCAAUUUUUUGAUCCAAAUGUUUCCAGCACGAACAAAAGGGAAGAAGAACUGAAACUGAAGCUGCAAGACUGCGUUAAGCAAUUGAACGAAAAGGGGGCUUUGAUUCAAAAGCUAAAUUCUAGCAACGCACGACAUGCAGCUGAUAAUGCCGAAGUGACAGCUCUUAGAGAAAGAGUUCAAACGCUCGAGGGAAAGCUGAGGCAAACUGAAUCCCGACUUGCAGAAGCUAACCUUUCGAGCGAAAGGAUUCAGCAGGAACUCAAAAUAAGGGACGAUGAAAUCGAGUCUGUAAAGGAAACCAUGUAUGCUGCAGAAACUAGGGCUGAAAGUGCAGAGGAAAAAGUUUCGCAAUUAACGGACUCAAAUCUGGAGUUGACAGAAGAGGUCGACUUUCUCAAAGGUAGCAAUGGUAGCAACACGAAGAAGAUUAGCUUACUCGAGAAGCAGUUAAGGGAUUUAGAUAUCCAACUGCAGCAUGCUAGGGCAUCCUCAGAAGCAAGCCAAGAACAGCAGAACAUGUUAUAUACUGCUAUCUGGGAUAUGGAAACAUUAAUCGAUGAGCUGAAACAAAAGGUCACAGAAGCUGAAAGUAAGACUAUGAUUUCUGAGGAGCAGCGUGUCAUUUUGUCUGAAGUGAAUUCGGACCUGAACAAAGAACUAGACUUUCGACGAUCUAAAUUGGGAUUCAUGGAGGCAUCUUUGGACAAAGCUGCUCUUCAGAAAAGAUCGAUUGCUAAAGACAUCAACAUCAAAAGUAGUGUAAUCAUGGAUAUGGUUAUGCAGUUAGCAGUAGAGAGGGAACGUAUACACAAACAGUUAGCCUCCUUGAUGAAGGAAAACAAAUUGUUGAGAGGAACACUACGGAAUCAAGCAAAGAUCGCACCUCUUAUCCUGCAAGACGAAAAAAGUUAUGAUGAUCGAGAAUCACUGUCUUCGGGGCUUGAUUCGGGUAAUGUAGAAUAUGCAGAGAAUUCUCCAGAUAAGGCCACAGAGACUACAUUAGAAAAUUUUGAGGUGGAAAAGGCGAACACGAGUUCUUCUUCCCUUGAUGAGAGUGGGGCGGGGUUGUCCAGUUUGGCUGACAAAAGCACAAGUUCAGUUCUCGACGUGGAGGCUGAGAGCUUGGUUUCGGAACAUAGAUCUCGAAAAGUGUAUCUAGUCAUGACAACUCUUGUUGUGUUGGUACCCAUUUUGGCAGCGCUUUUGUUCCAUGAAUGAUUUGUUGCCUUCGGACCCAUUGAUUGUUGAUUCUUCGAGCUGUGAGAUGAUGCGCUCGGAUGCUCGGGACUUACUGUGAUACUGCUAAACUUGGAUCCCAUCAGAUGUAGGCAUGAUUGUAUUAUGAAUAUGGAAAGUGAGUGUGAAUAUGCAAACUAAUUCUAGCCUCAAUCAACUGCAAUUCUUUCAUUGUAUUUUUUUUAGGUAGGUUCAGACAGAGAUCCUUUUAUUUCUUAUCAUAGCAAAUGUACUGUAUUUCUUUGUGCAACAUGUGUGGGUUUGAUGCA